GAGAUUCGCAGUAACUGCAAUAACGAUACCGACUUCCAGUCUUCCACCGAUAGUUUGAGUGGAUAUUGGAUAAUUCCUGAGGAAACUCUAUUCUUUACACCUGAUAUGUACUAUUCAAUCGAAAGACAGUCACCAUAUGGCGAUGAUUGGACUGUCUUUCAAGACUUUACAUACAAUCAUGGUCAUCAGCAGGCACAUGUAACUGGACUACUGUUAGAUCCUGGUAAGUGGUAUCGGUUUGUGGUGAAACUUUGCGCUACGGAUAUAUGUUACUUGCCGAUGCAUAGCAAUGGCGUGAUGAUCCUAGCCAAUCCACCCGUAACCGGUGAAUUGAGAGUUGUUAUUGAAAAUUCAUCAUCUACCGAAAAGCUAAAGGUUUUCAUGGAUAUGUUUGCGGAUCCAGACAUACAAAUACCCAAAGAAAAAUACGGUGUUAUAAACAGAUAUGAAUGGGCGAUAACAGAUCAAUCAGAUAUUGGGAGACUUCACACUCCUUUGCAUGAUCUUAAAAAUUAUACAGUCAAAACUGGCCAAUUUCAUAUGGAAUUCACCAUACCAUUAACUGGAAAUUUGGACUUUUCGAAAUGUCGUCGAUUGACAGUGCGAGGAUACAACAAAGCGGGACUUUACUCCACAGUUUCCGCCGAUAUCAGGGACUGUAGCGCUUUUAACCCUCUGCUUAUUAAACCGAACAUUGUCAUUGACGCUGUUGGGGCACAAGAUCCAAGUAGAGAUGGAUAUGGUGAGGCUAUUCUUCUACAAACAAAUGCUCGAUGGACCUAUCCUGAUAUGGACUACACACCAAGCAAGAACUAUAUAUCAGCUGUAUGGCCUUCCCUACGCUAUAGGUCCUAUACUGUAGCAGUAAUCAAGGCCAGAAAUAUUGAUAUUACUACUUACUACAAACCUUUAACCUCUUUGUCACUCAGGGAUCCGUGUAGCCAUCCAGAUGCCAUCAAAUGUGAAAAAACAGAGCACGAAUUUAUCAAUGUUAAGUUUAAUGACGGUGAACUCGAACACGGACAGCGUUAUAUUGUAUGCAUUCAUACGGAAUAUACUGAAAUUAAACAUGAGAAAUGGACACAAGUUCUACCAGAAGUAAAUGAGUGCAGUGAUGGUAUUGUGGUGGAUCUCACGCCCCCGUCAACAGGAAAAGUUUGGAUUGGGAAACAAGGACAGCAAUACCAAAUAUCCACAACUGAUAUGUACGUAUCAUGGGAAUCGUUUGAAGAUGUUGAAGAAUUUCAGACAAUUCCUCAUGCAUUCGGAGUCCAGAAUUACCAGCUUGGAAUUGGUACCACUGUUGGCGGAAGUGACAUCGUUGCAUUCAUAGAUGUUGGCGUUGUCAACCACAAGGCUAUCCACGGUCUAACCCUUCAUAGUGGCCACACGUAUUAUGCCACAAUAAAGGCAACUGAUUUUGCCAAUAGAACAACUGUCCAAUCAUCCUCGCCCGUCACCGUUGAUACCAGCUCUCCUGUAAAAACUGAUAAACCGAUAAUUAUAACUGGUCGUCAUAUUGCAUCUUACUCGGAAAUCGAAGCAUGCUGGAAGGGUGUGUUUCUAGACCCAGAGAGUGGUUUAAACUUCUAUAUGUGGGCUAUUGGCUCCAAACCAGGACACUCCGAUAUAAUGGGCUUCACCCGCGAGGAUACCGAAUGUGGAAUCAACAAAGAAACCAAUAGAUUCGAUGUCAAAGAAGGACAUGCAUACUAUAUAUCUGUCAAGGCCUUCAACAAGGCUGUACUUAUGUCAUUAGCGACCUCCUGGGCCAUAACAGUUGAUCUCUCCCCUCCUAUCCAAGGUCAAGUGCUAGAGAUUUCGCCAUCAGGAAGUAAUGCAGUGGACAUAGAUUAUCAAACCGAUAUGUCCAGAUUAACAGUUGUUUGGACGGGGUUCGAUGACCCUCAUUCGUCAAUCAAAGAUUUUUCUGUUGCUGUUGGAACAUGUCCUAGUUGUGAUGAUGUCAUUGGAUAUCAGAAUGUUGGUCUUGUAGAAGAAAUGACGGUAGAUUACGUCCAUUUUGGUUCGGGUUUAACCUACUAUACGUCGGUAACAGCCUGUAACACCGCAGAGUUUUGUACCACAGCUUACUCUGAUGGCGUCAUCAUGGACAAUAGUCCUCCAAAUGUGGGAGUGGUUACAGAUGGAACUUCUGCUAAUGAUAUAGAAUACCAGUCUAUUAAAAAUUGGAUUGGUGCCACGUGGAAUGGUUUCACUGACCCCCAGUCAGGGAUAUCCCACUAUGUUUGGUGGGUUGGGACCAGUCCUGGGGGGAAAGACAUUUUACACGAGAGAGAAGUACAUUUAGUUGAAGAGGCAUCAGCGUAUAAUUUUUCACAGCAACUACCAUUGUCAAAGCGUAUAUACAUAACAGUCAGAGCAUAUAACAAAGCAGGAUUGUUUGCUGACGGUGUGUCCAAUGGAUUCAUCGUUGAUGAAACUCCUCCUGAAAUAACAAGUGGUCCAAAAUUCUCUAGAAAGUUUGGGCUUGUUGAAAAUACACAAUUUUAUAGAUCAGCAGUAAAAGUUGAGUGGAAAGUAGAAGAUCCUGAAUCACACAUAGAAAGACAGUACCUGUCAUUGAAAUCUCACAUCGGUGGUGAAUUUAAUUUGUCCUCUACCCAAGCAAAUGGAAUUGCAAGAGAUUUUGUACUCACUGGUCUUAAAUUGCAUGAUGGAGUUACUUACUACGUCAACCUUAUAUCCUGUAAUGGAGCUCAAAUGUGUUCCUCAAGCACUUCUACUGGAAUUCAAAUUGACAGUACUCCUCCUAGCCGAGGUAUGUUUGCGGUGCAGACCGACCAUGCUGUUGACGUAGAAUUAAGUCGCCAUGUUUCUGGUUUCAUGACGUGGUGGAAAUAUGCAGUGAACCUUGCCUGGUUGGGAUUUUCUGACGCUCACUCGGAUAUCACACACUACUUUUUCAAUGUUGGUUCGUCAUUCAUGGGAGCUGAUCUGAACGCUGAGCCUGGUGUUCCAAAAAGAAUAAACCAUACAACGACAGGAAUCGACAAACACGACGAAGGAAAAGUUCAGACAUACCGAAUUUCUACCAGGAAAAUAUCGACCUUCGAUUAUUUAUAUCUAAGUAUAUGGGCAGUAAACAAAGUGGGAUUAUCGAGUGCUAUAGUUCACUCCAAGUUCAAAAGAUUGCCACAAGGAACAUUAUCAUUAGUGAGGCGAUGUGACUCUGAGGAUUGUGAAGGACAGUGCGUGUGUGCUCCUCAAGACAAAGUGUGUCACAACAACGGGUCCUCUUGCAAUGACGUUACUAUUGGAAAUACAAACAACCUGAUCCAAGUUUCUGACGUGAUGUCUGAAAUUUCGGAUAUAAACUUUACACCAAGUAACACAGUAUUGCAAGGUCGAUGGUCAAUAGUCCACAGACAAGGAAGUAAACCAUUCAUGUACCAGUGGAGUGUUGGCUUUACAGACCAUGACGUCCCUGCUGGAAUCUUUGAUCCACAGCAUGAACGUGUUUGGCAUGAUGCAGGGCAAAACAAUUUUAUUAUUUUCACCACUGAGCAAGGUCAGUAUUUGGAGGAGGGUGUAUCAUACUCUGUUUUUGUCAAAGCAUGGUACAACCAAAAUACCUAUGCUGUCUUCAAAUCAAAUGGAGUUGUUAUAGCAACGAAGAAGCCUACAGUUGUGAACAUCCUUGGAAGCUCGGUAACAGAAAAAAUGAUCAGCAGCACGAUGAAAGAUGAUGAUUAUAUUAAAGAUGGCAUUGCGUUAAUGGUGAAUUGGACACAUAAGUUUGCCGACGACAAAACGACGAUUCAAUCUUACCAUGUCUACAUUAGUACCAUACCAGGGGGUCAUGACACGUGGAACAGUCAUGACGACCUUCCUAAUACAGAGACCACAUAUUUGGUCCGUAGACUUUCACUUUCACCUGGAGUUCAGUAUUACACAAAUGUGAUCGCUUAUGGAUUUUCGGGAAUCCACCACACAGAAACAUCGGAUGGGUUCAAAAUUGACUUCGAUCAACCGAAAGCCGGUAUUGUUUAUGAUGGCACAGGUUUACACGACCUGGAGUUUCAAAAUACUUCGAAAUUGCUCGGAGCUAGAUGGCAUGGGUUUUUGGAUACAGGAUCAGGGAUAAAGAAUUAUUUUUGCUGUUUCGGCAACACAUCCAGUAUAUCCUCUAUACACUCAAGUACUGAGUGCAACGUUAGAGUGUGGGAAAAUGUAGGGAUUCACACUUCUAUCUCAAGAACACUUACAGAGGAACUCGGAAUUGGGAAAACCUAUUACAGCAAAGUAUAUGCUGUAGACAAUGUGGGAUUUAAAUCUGACAUCUCCGUCUCUGAUGGCGUCACUGUCGACACAACGCCCCCGGAGCCUCAAUAUCUCUAUCAUUCCGACGAGAACCUACUCCAGAAUCCCUCCUUCGAAUUAUCAAGAAAAUCACUCCAGAUAGAAAAUGUUGAUGGUCAAAAUAUAUGUUUAUUAAGUAAUGACUAUGUUCCUGAUUUUUGGAAUUUGACGCAUGGCAGUUGUUCCACUAUUGUUUCAUCACUUAAGAAUUUAGCUAGUGAUGGAAAAUCAUUUCUCUUCGUUAGAGGAAGUUUAACUCAGGUUAUCAACGGCCUUAAAAUUGGAGAACUUUAUCAAGUGAAUUUCUUUACCAGCCAUCUUCCAUUGCAAUCAUCAACUGUAGCCAAUAAAGAGGGAUUUGUUAAUAUCGGUAAAAAGAAACACGUUUUUCUUCUGUAUUCAAAAGCUUACAGACAUGAUGACCACGGCGUAUCCAAAUCCCGAGAGAGAGUUUCAUGGCAUAAGCACACCUUUUAUUUCACUGCAACAAAUACUGAGACAGUAUUAGAGCUUGGUAGCACAGAUACGAAGACAGGUCUUUUUAUCGACCACGUGACAUUACAACAUGUAGAAAGGAACACGAAUAUCACUUUACAGACUUUUGUGUUAGCUCACGUCGUUUACUUGCAUCAAUGGGGUUCCAUACAUGGAGUCUGGAGUUUCUUUGAAGAUUUUAGUCCAAUCAAAGAAUAUCAAUGGGCUAUAGGUUAUACACAGGGUGGAACACAGUUGCAAGGUUUCACUAGUGUUGGCUUAAAUAAUUUUGGAAUAAACACAAAUGUAACCCUCAUCCAUGGAACAUACGUACACGUGACAGUGACUGCCUCAAAUGCUGCUGACCUACAUGGAAUAUCAUAUUCCCCUCCUAUUCUUGUUGAUUUGACGCCACCAGCUAUUCUCUUUGUAUACGACGGAAGACAUCCAAGCGGAGAUGAGGAUGCAUGGACAGAUAAUGAGGUUGCCGUUAAUUUUAUGGUGACGGAUGAAGAAUCGGGAAUCGAUUUUUGCGAAUGGGCAAUCGGGUACCAGCCUCAGGGAAUCGAAUUACAGACCUUUGAAAGGUUGACAAGUAAAGAUACUGUAGUGUCUAGAGACAUUGAAUACAAUAUGCUUGUAAAUCGCACCAUUUACUCUACAAUAAGAUGCCACAACAGAGCCGGAUUGUUAGCUUCUAAGUCAUCUGAUGGGGUGAAGAUUUCCAUCCGUCCGCCAUCAAUUUCUCAUGCUAAGAUAACUGUAUUGCCAAUGUCCAUUACUGAGUACCAAGCCAGCAGUCAUUACCAGAGCACAAAAAGUAAUGUUAGGAUACAAUGGUCAGGCUUUGAGGAUUUUACUGGAAUUGAGAAAUACAAGAUUACUUUCUCUGACAGUAAGACGACAUUAGAAGAACAAAUGUCUUUCCCAAGUGGACAAGACAUUCAGAUAGCCAAUAUUUUAAAUAUGGAUAUGCCAGAGGGUCUAAAGAAUAUUACCAUUCAAGCAAUCAGUAAACUUUUACUGACCAGCGAUCAAGUACUAUACAAUAUGACGGUCAUUAAUGCCAAACCAUCCAAAAAGGCAAGCGCUUCAUUGAUGGUUUCGUGGCAUGCCGGGAACGAAGAAUUUACUGUAUCUUGGGAUGGCAUAUUUAUUUCCCAGUAUCCUUUAUACUAUGAGGUUUCCGCCGGAACUGUGAAGGGAGGAAGUGACGUCCUACAAUGGCAGGAGACCAAACAAACUAGCACCACAUUUCAUUUACCACCAACAAUAACAAAUCGGUCUAACCUAUCCGUCCAUGUUCUUGUAAGGGCUGUAACUGCUGGAGGAACGUAUGAAGACAUCGAGGGAUUUAUCGCGCUCCCAAAAUAAAGUCACUGUGACGUUUCUUUGGUAGACUAACAUUAAAUUGAAUUUUCAG